UCACAGCACCUCGUAGCAAUUCUUCCAUUUCCCUUCAAACUUAUUUCAACAGAAACUCUUUUAUUCUCCAUAAGCAUGACUUCCAAACUCUUCUUCACAUUAGCAGUAACAGUUCUCUUGUAUGCACUCAUAGCCGUCAAUCAUAUCACGCUGUUCUUCGAGAAAUCCGUCAUACAAAAACCUUCCAGCGGCAAACAUCGGCAACUGGAAGUUGUCCCAAUUAUGGGUGCGGUGGGACCUGAAAGUAUGGCAUUUGACCUCCUUGGUGAGGGUCCCUAUGCGGGAGUAUCAGAUGGUCGGAUCAUCAGGUGGCAAGAAAAUGAACAGCGGUGGAUCAGUUUCGCAAUCACUUCCCUAUUGAGAAAAGGGUGUGAAGGGCAACAUGAUCACCAACUAACAGAGCACAUUUGUGGGCGUCCACUUGGCAUCUGUUUCAAUGAGGUCACUAAUGAGCUUUACAUUGCCGAUGCUUACAUGGGGCUACUAAAAGUUGGCCCUGAGGGUGGCUUGGCAACUAGCAUUGUAACACAUGCUCGAGGGACGCCUUUGUUAUUCACCAAUGGUUUGGACAUCAACCAAUCCGAUGGAUCCAUUUAUUUCACUGAUAGCAGUUCUCUUUAUCAAAGGAGGAAUUAUAUCUCCAUAAUACUAACUGGGGAUAAAACGGGAAGGCUGAUGAAAUAUGAACAGGAAAGCAAGCAAGUACGUGUUAUUUUAAACAAUCUUUCGUUCCCCAAUGGAGUGGCAUUAAGCAACGAUGGCAGCUUUCUUGUCUUUGCUGAAACCACCAAGUGCAGAAUCCUAAGGUACUGGCUGAAAACAUCAAAGGCUGAAACUUUGGAAACUUUUGCACAACUCCCAGGAUUCCCAGACAACAUCAAACGAAGCCCCAGAGGAGGAUUUUGGGUGGCCAUGCAUUCAAGAAGAGACAAGAUUUUAGCUUGGAUUCUUUCAUUUCCUCGACUAGGAAAUGCUUUGGUUAGGCUGCCUAUUGACGUUACGAAAGCUUAUUUAGUUUUGUCAAAGUACAGAGGGAGUGGAUUGGCAAUGAGGUUAAGUGAGGAUGGUGAGAUUUUAGAAACGAUUGAAGAUAAAAAUGGAAACAAAAUCAGUGAAGUGCAUGAAAAGGAUGGGAAUUUAUGGAUUGGAUCAAUUGGCAUGCCUUUUGUUGGCAUGUAUAGGAUAUAAACAUAAGAAGGAAUUAUUUUAAGGGUUCUUUUUAUUAAGGGAAAUAGAUAUUAUUCAGAGAGAAAAAUCGAAGUUAUAUCAUCCUAGGUAAUGAUAUGCCUAACUUGUCUGCAAAUAAACUAGAAAUAAUACUAGGUGGAGAAACAUAAAAAAUGUGUAAUCUUAAGGAAAGAUCAUCAUGAUUUAUUUCCAUCCAAUUGACACAUCUGUUGCUUCACAAAGGAUGUGAGUAGUGGAGCAAUC